AUAUUUAAAACGGGAUCCAAGCUAUACCAAAUAAAGGCCUCCUCAUGAAAUGUAAAAGCUGGUCCAAUAAAAUCAACAAUUUUGUUGUGCGCCGAUUGAAGUUUAUGAAGAUUAACGGUCAACAGCAGCUCCCUCUAGCAACCACCUCAGCAACACAAACAUCCAAAAUGUUAGGAUGUCUGGAGCAAAUAUCCAUUGAGAAACAGCGAUUAAAUGGUGAGUGGCAUUCAUCGCCCCUGACGGCAGCAUUGGCCGCCCAACAACAACAGCAACAAUCUUCAACACCACCCUCGUCAUCACCUCAACGAUUGUCGUCAACAUCAUCGACAACAUCGUCUACGGCCAGUAGCAAUACAACAUGUUGUCGGCUACGUUAUCAACAACAGCAACAACAACAAAAAUCAAAUGGUGUUAAUAUUGCUGCUGGUUGUGAAUCCGCCAACACCACUACCACCAUACCCUUAGCCUCAUCACAAACAUCCACAUCAUCGGGAAUAUCAUCAGCCACAACAACAUCGUCGUCAUCAUCCUGCUCUGCCUCUUCCUCCUCCUCCACAGCCAAUCAUAAUUCAACAAAUUUAUAUCCUUCAAAAUCAUCACCACCUGCCGCCAAUAAUGCCGCCGCCAUUACACCGCCAAAGAAAUCACCAAAAGAUUUUAUUUUUGGUAAAUAUAUUGGUGAGGGCAGUUUCAGUACCGUUUAUUUGGCCGUCGAUGUCAAUACGAAACGUGAAUAUGCAAUAAAAGUCUGCGAAAAACGCCUAAUUUUACGCGAACACAAACAAGAGUACAUACGACGCGAACGCGAAGUUAUGCACACCCUGACAAAUGUUCCUGGUUUUGUGAAUUUAUCCUGCACCUUCCAAGAUGCCCGUUCACUUUACUUUGUCAUGACCUAUGCCAAAAAUGGCGAUCUGCUGCCAUAUAUCAAUAAAGUUGGUUCCUUCGAUAUCGAUUCAACACGCCACUAUGCUGCCGAACUAGUAUUAGCCUGCGAACAAAUGCAUCGACGCAAUAUCGUGCAUCGUGACUUGAAACCGGAGAAUAUUCUCUUGGACGAGGAUAUGCACACGCUGAUUGCCGAUUUCGGAUCGGUGAAAAUCCUAACGGCCGAAGAAAAGGCCCAGGCCCAAGCAUUUUUACUAUCGGGUGGUAUUGAUUUGGCCAAAAAGGCCAGAUGUCAAUCGGGUGGUAGUAUGCGUAGCGAUGAUGAUGAUUACAAUGAUGAUGAUGAGGAUUAUGAAUCGACCGGUUCAUCGGGUAGUUGUGGUGAUGCUGAGACAGGGGGUGAAACCGAUUCACCGCGUGCCAGACGCCAUCAGGCGCCAGCACCCCGUUAUCACAGAAAACGCCGCGGCAGUUUUGUGGGCACCGCCCAAUAUGUCUCGCCCGAAGUGUUGCAGAAUGCCCCCAUUACCCCAGCCGCCGAUUUGUGGGCCUUGGGCUGUAUUAUCUAUCAAAUGAUGUCGGGCUUGCCACCAUUCCGUGGCUCCAAUGACUAUGUCAUCUUCAAGGAGAUUAUUGCCUGUAAUUUAGAUUUCCCCCAAGGUUUCGACAAAGAUGCCGAAGAUCUAGUCAAAAAACUCUUAAAAUUAAAUCCAGCCGAACGUUUGGGUGCCCAAGAGUUCGGCGGUCAAUAUGACAGCAUUCGUUCACAUCCCUUCUUUAAGAAUGUUGAUUUUGAUUCGGUACGCCAGACAACACCACCAGCCAUAUCACCAUAUUUACCCGAUUUGGUACGCGAAGAUGAGAACGAGUUUAUGCUGUGCGAUAAUUUGGAACCUGGACUCGAUGAUAAACAAUUGACCCGGCUGUUGGGCAAGGAAUUGGGUUGUAUUAGCAGUGAUGAUGAUUGUUAUGAGCGGAAAAUGAGUUCGGACAGCUUUGAUUUAUCUGAUGUGGAAAAACACCGACGUUUGGAGGCCCAAAAAUCCGAUAAAUGGCAUGUCUUUGCCGAGGGCGAAGUCAUUUUGAAGAAGGGUUUUGUCAACAAACGCAAAGGUCUGUUUGCCAGACGCCGCAUGCUGUUGUUAACCACCGGACCCCAUCUCAUCUAUAUCGAUCCUGUGCAAAUGGUGAAAAAAGGUGAAAUUCCAUGGAGUCCGGAAUUGCGUGCCGAAGCCAAAAAUUUCAAAAUUUUCUUUGUGCAUACGCCCAAUCGUACCUAUUAUUUGGAUGAUCCCGAAGGUUUCGGCCUUGAAUGGGUGGCAGCUAUUGAGAAAAUGCAUCAUCUUACCUAUAGCAGAGUACAACAACAACAACAUAUGAUGAUGAAUAGCUCAAAUUCAAAUGCGGCUGCCGGUAUUGUUUCCUCCUCACCAUCCACCUCAUCAUCCUGUUCGACGGCCUCCUCAACCUCCUGCAGCAAUAAUACCACAACAAACUCCAAUGCCCGUUUGGUGGCAAUGAAUCUGAAUAAUAAUAACAGCAAUAGCAACAAUAACAAUAAUCACAAUCACAGUCACAGUCAUUCAACAAGUUCGGUAGCAGCAAAAACCUCCUCCUCGUCCACCACAGCCAUAUCGUCGUCCUCAUCAAUAGCCCACAAGACAUCAUCGUUACUGACAGCGCCGUUUACAAUAUUGAAAACGGCCUCAAAUUAA